UGGGUGUCCUCUCUAAUAUGGCUGGGACUGAUGCUGCUGCUGCAGCCAUCUCCGACUGCUGUGUCGGCUGAGAAACUCGACGAGAACGACCCGGUGGUCACCACCACGUACGGCAAGCUGCGUGGCAUUAAGAAGGAGCUCAACAACGAGAUCCUGGGUCCCGUCGUGCAGUUUCUUGGCGUCCCAUACGCUUCCCCACCCACCGGCGAGCACCGCUUUCAGCCUCCCGAGCCACCAGCGUCGUGGCCGGAGAUCCGCAACGCCACACACUUUGCCCCGGUGUGCCCUCAGAGCAUCGUGGAGGGCCGCCUGCCGGACGUGAUGCUGCCGGUGUGGUUCACCAACAGCAUCGACGUGGUGUCCACUUACGUCCAGGACCAGAGCGAGGACUGCCUCUAUAUCAACAUCUAUGUCCCCACUGAGGAUGGUCCCCUUACAAAGAAACACACUGAUGAUUUAGGUGAUAGUGACCGCACGGACGACGAAGACAUUAGGGAGAGUGGAAGCCCCAAGCCGGUGAUGGUUUUCAUCCACGGGGGCUCCUACAUGGAAGGAACUGGAAAUAUGUUUGACGGCAGCAUCCUGGCCAGCUAUGGAAAUGUGAUUGUCAUAACCGUCAACUACCGGCUGGGCGUCCUAGGAUUCCUGAGUACAGGAGACCAGGCCGCCAAAGGGAAUUACGGCUUGCUGGACCAGAUCCAGGCUCUGCGCUGGACCAGUGAGAACAUUGCAGCCUUUGGCGGCGACCCAUUACGUAUCACUGUGUUUGGCUCUGGCGCUGGGGCUUCCUGUGUCAACCUGCUCACACUGUCUCACUACUCCGAGGGUCUGUUCCAGAGGGCCAUCGCCCAGAGCGGCACAGCUCUGUCCAGCUGGGCUGUAAGUUUUCAGCCAGCCAAGUAUGCCCGGAUGCUGGCCCGUAAGGUGGGCUGUAACCUGGAGGACACUGUGGAGCUGGUGGGGUGCCUUCAGAGGAAACAUUACAAGGAGCUGGUGGAUCAGGACAUCCAGCCAGCCCGCUACCACAUUGCCUUUGGACCUGUUAUUGAUGGAGAUGUUAUACCUGAUGACCCUCAGAUACUCAUGGAGCAAGGUGAAUUCCUCAACUAUGAUAUCAUGCUGGGAGUUAACCAGGGCGAGGGCCUUAAGUUUGUGGAGCUUAUCGUGGACAACGAAAACGGUGUUCAGGCUAACGACUUUGACUACGCCGUGUCCAGCUUUGUGGAUGACCUGUAUGGCUACCCAGAGGGGAAAGACAUCCUCCGAGAAACCAUCAAGUUCAUGUACACAGACUGGGCCGACAGGCACAACCCAGAGACCCGCCGGAAAACACUGCUGGCCCUUUUCACCGAUCACCAGUGGGUGGCACCGGCUGUCGCAACAGCUGACCUGCACUCCAGCUUCGGGUCUCCGACAUACUUCUAUGCCUUCUACCACCACUGUCAGACAGAACAGGUACCACCGUGGGCAGACGCAGCACAUGGAGAUGAGAUCCCAUAUGUGUUUGGGCUACCGAUGAUUGGUCCAACAGAGCUGUUUCCCUGCAACUUCUCCAAGAAUGAUGUGAUGCUCAGUGCCGUGGUCAUGACCUACUGGACAAACUUUGCCAAAACAGGGGAUCCAAACCAGCCUGUCCCCCAGGACACCAAGUUCAUCCACACCAAGCCCAAUCGUUUUGAAGAGGUGGCAUGGACACGCUACAACCAGAAAGACCAACUUUACUUACACAUUGGCCUGAAGCCCCGGGUCAAAGAGCACUACCGUGCCAACAAGGUCAACUUGUGGUUGGAGCUUGUUCCUCAUCUGCACAGCCUCAACGAGGUCACCCAGCUCAUCCCAACCACCACCAAGAUCCCUCCACCUGAGGCUACCAACCGAACCCCAAAGACCAAGGUUCUGGUGACCAAACGCCCUAACCCGACUCCGUUCCCCACUGAGACCCAGGACAGCCACAUCCAGCCACACCUGGUGGAUCAGCGCGACUACUCCACUGAGCUGUCGGUGACAAUCGCUGUAGGAGCUUCCCUGCUCUUCCUCAACAUUCUGGCCUUUGCCGCCCUUUACUACAAGAAGGACAAGCGCCGGCAUGACGUCCACAGGCGCUGCAGCCCCCAGCGGAGCGCUGCCAACGACCUGGCUCACACUCAGGAGGAGGAGAUCAUGUCCCUGCAGAUGAAGCAGCACUCAGACCUGGACUGCAGGGGAGUGGGCGACUCCUUGCACCCGCACGAUGUGGUGCUGAGGACUGCCUGUCCACCGGACUACACUCUGGCCAUGAGGCGCUCACCGGACGACAUCCCGCUUAUGACGCCAAACACCAUAACCAUGAUCCCAAGCACCAUGGGGGGGCUCACCUCGCUCCACUCUUUCAACACCUUCCCCACCAGCGGGCAGAAUAACACCCUACCCCAUCCGCACUCACACUCCACCACCCGGGUAUAG